CUCUCCUCUCUCCCUCUCCCGCCCUCCUUCAUCACCACCACCAUCAUCAUCAUCAUCAGAUCUCAGUUUUUCGCUCGAAGCUCUUCCCUACUCCGCAGAUCACCCGACGAACCCUCCUCCGUUCCUGUCGAUCCCACCCACCCUCUCGAUCUCCCCCCCCCCCCUUCGUCGGGAGAUCCUCCCCCGGUCGAUCGAUCGACCCGACCCGACCCAUCAAUCCAAGGCCCGCCGCCCCACCGACCCACCCGGCCGGCAAUGAACGACUUCGACGGCCUCCUGACCGCCGAUUUCGGCUUCAAGCCCCAGGGCAAAUCGGCCCCGAUGAAACCCUCCUCCGCCUCCGCCGCCUCCUUCGACUUCGAUCUCGGAUCCCGAUCCGGCCGCGCCCCCAAUUCCGAUCACGCCUUCGGCUUCGAGCCGAAGGCGAGGUCCCAAACCCUAGACGACUUCGGGGACAUCUUCGGCGACAAUGCGAGGGGCGCGGGCAAAUCGGAGAGCCGCGGCGGUGGCGGUUCGGGUUUCGAUUUCGAUUCGAUGUACAAUUCGAGCGCCAAAUCGCCGGGUUCGCCGGUGUAUGAUAAGCCGCCGGUCUACGACGACGAUAUAUUUGAAGGUGUUCCGGGCUUGAAGAGCUCUACCGGGGUUAAAUUUGAGGAUGUCUUCAAGUCCAUUUCUGAUUCUCCUCCGCGGAGGAAAGGGAACGAAAGUAGUGCGUUUGACGAUCUUUUGGGCGGAUUUGGAAAGAAGGAAGGUGAGUCAAAGAGUAAGGUGUAUGACAGGAGUGUCCCAGCUUUUGAUAAUGAUUUAAUUCCUGGGUUUGGAGGAAGCGGUCCUCCUGCUAAGAACAGGCCAAUACCAGAGCCUACUUGGCCUUCUGAGCCAACACAUCACACGAGUAAAAUGACAGAAGAUCCAUUUGCGUCAUUAGGAUCAACCUCACCCCAUGUGACCUCAUCUUCAGGCCUUUCCACUGACCCGUUGGAAGAAUUUAGUAAGCUCGGUAAAUCCGAGAGCAUGAAAACUGAUGCUCCAUCUGUAUCCAGUGGGGGAGUAUACGAUGACAUGGAUCCAUUUGAUAGCUUGGGAAAAUCUGUGCCGUCAUUUUCAUCUGAAAGAACCAAUAGCAGCAAGGAUAGAAGUCAUCUGAGGAGAGAGCGCAGCUCUAAGGGGAGUCCAGAUAACUAUGAGGAAGAGUCUUUGCCUGUUGAUAAUGAUCUUAAAUCUGAUCAAGCUUUUUUCGAUAUUCCUCCUGCUUCUCAAGGUACUAACAUGUCUGCUGGUCAAACUGCUUCUGGUCCUUCCUAUGCGCAGGCCAAUCCCAAUGAUGCCAGUAGUCCAGUAGACAUGUCCCCAAGAUAUGAGGAAAAUGUCUCAUCCUCAGAUGAGUUAUGGCUCACAGUAUCAGAAAUUCCUCUUUUUACACAACCUACAAGUGUGCCCCCGCCGUCUAGACCUCCUCCUCCAAGGCCAGCACGAGUCUCGAGAGCAGGAAGUAGCUCUUUCGGAUCUGCAAAUGCGAAGAAAAUUGUUAAUGAGUUUUCUUCAUUCCCAAAUUCCACUCAAAAUUUUGAGGAUCCUAAGUCAUUCCCUCCUGCUUAUGGGAGUUCAGUUUCAUCUCCAAUCGAUGAAUUAGAAGAUUUUGCAAUGGGCGGGAGUAGAAAUAAUGUUGAUGAUCAUUCUAACGGCUUUUCUAGUGAGGAAAUGGGUAUGAACUCUGAUGCUGCUGCAUCUGCAGCAGCCAUGAAAGAAGCCAUGGAGAGGGCCGAGGCCAAGUUUAGGCAUGCAAAGGAGGUAAGGGAAAGAGAGAGUAGUAAGACUGCUAGAAGUAGAGACACCGUGCAUCUUGAGAAGGACGAGGAUUUUCUGGAUGCUCAUGAGAGAGCUCUCCGGGAAAAGCAAGAGAAGUUAGAUCGCGAGAGGCUGCAGAGGGAGAAGGAAGAGGAAGAGAGAGAGCGAAGGAGACUUGAGAAAGAGAGAGAAAGAGAAGAAAAAGAGAGGGAACAAAGGAGACUUGAAAAGGAAAGGGAGAGAAGAGAGAUUGAGAGGGAAAGGGCCAGACAAGCCGUGGAAAGGGCUACUAGGGAGGCACGUGAGAGAGCAGCUGUUGAUGCACGUGACAGAGCAGCUGUGGAGGCUCGCCUGAAAGCUGAAAGGGCAGCAGUGCUGAGAGCACAAGCGGAAGCCCGUGAAAGAGCAGCUGCAGAUGCGAGGGAAAGAGCUGAGAAGGCUGCAGCAGAAGCAAGGGAUAGGGAAGCACGGGGAAGGGCUACUGAAGCACGAAUGAAAGCAGAACGAGCUGCUGUGGAGAGAGCUGCUGCAGAGGCUCGAGAAAGGGCUGCUGUAGAGGCUCGAGAGAGGGCUGCUGCAGAGGCUCGAGAAAAGGCAGCUAAAGCCAACCAACAAAAGAAUGAUAAUGAUCUUGAAUCCUUUUUCAGCAUGGGUCGAGCAAGCAGUGCUCCGCGGCCCAGGGCCAAUUCUGCAGAUCCUUUCUUUGAAACACAGUCACAAAGCAGAAAGGGGCCUGAUGUGGCCAAGACAUCUGAAUCUACUUCAUCAAGCAUGAGAAAAGCCUCAUCAACUACAAAUAUUGUCGACGAUCUUUCUUCAAUUUUUGGAGGAGGAGUAGCAUCAUCUGGGGAGUUCCAGGAAGUUGAAGGAGAAACUGAAGAAAGACGUAGAGCUCGGUUGGAGCGCCAACAGAGGGCACAAGAACGAGCGGUAAAAGCUCUGGCUGAGAAGAACCAGCGGGAUCUUCAAGUUCAAAGGGAGCAGGCCGAGAGACAUAGAAUUGCCGAAACAUUGGAUGUGGAGAUUAAGCGUUGGGCUGCUGGCAAAGAGGGGAACCUACGGGCUCUGCUUUCAACUUUGCAAUAUGUGCUCUGGCCUGAAUGUGGUUGGCAGCCUGUGUCUUUGACAGAUUUGAUAACUGGUGCAGCAGUGAAGAAGGUAUACAGGAAAGCAACCUUGUGCAUUCAUCCUGAUAAAGUGCAGCAGAAAGGUGCCAAUCUUCAGCAGAAAUAUGUUGCUGAAAAAGUGUUUGACCUCCUUAAGGAAGCUUGGAACAAAUUCAAUUCUGAGGAGCUCUUUUGAAUUCCUGGAGUCAUCUUGCCUCUUCAACGCUGCCUUUUCGGCAAUCAUGUCAUAUUUUUGGUGGAAGCUAGUCUGCUCCUUACAGAAGAAGGAUAGCACGUCUUCUUGAUGAAAUGUACUGUGCACAUGUGCAGACAAAGCAUAGAUGCACACAAUCCAGUUGAUUUCUCCCAAGAGUUGCAGAACAUCGUCGCUCGCCACAAUUGAGUCUCUCUCGAGGUAAAAGAAGUUGAAGGCUAUUGUGUUAUCGGUUGGAAUGUUGUGCAUUUGUAGAAUAGCAUGUGUUGAUUCCAUUUAUGGAAAACUCUUACUAGAUCCGCUUCUCGUUGAGAAUGAGAAGACUGUCUUCGUUUUGGUGAUUUUUUCCCUCUUGGGUUGUGAUAUAGCUCCAUUUAUUGAGUGUAUAACCUCAUCUGUAUUGACCUGUAUGAUUGUUCAGCAUAUCUCUAUAUAGAAGAAAUGUCUUUAUUUA